CCACUCCCGUCCCGGGUCGCAGCGGCCGGGUUUCCCGCCGGCGCCCCUCCUCGCGGCCGUGCCGCCGCCCCCGUCUCGCUCUCCCCACCCAGUGCAGUGGCCGCCGCCUCUUCCGCCGCCGGGCUCGGGGCCUCCGCACCGACAACAUGGAGGCUGUGAAAACCUUCAAUAGCGAGGAUUGUGCCUCUACUCCUGCUUGUACAGACUGCUUUUCCAGCAGCAUGGACACAAGAAGCAUAUUGUAUUCCCUGAACGACUACAAACCACCCAUUUCUAAAGCGAAAAUGACCCAAAUUACUAAGGCAGCCAUCAAAGCUAUUAAGUUCUAUAAACAUGUGGUACAGAGCGUUGAGAAAUUCAUUCAGAAAUGUAAACCAGAAUACAAGGUACCUGGACUUUAUGUUAUUGACUCCAUUGUACGACAAUCUCGACAUCAGUUUGGUCAAGAAAAGGAUGUGUUUGCACCCAGAUUUAGUAAUAACAUCAUUAGCACUUUCCAGAAUUUAUAUCGUUGCCCUGGGGAUGACAAGAGUAAAAUAGUGAGAGUAUUAAACUUAUGGCAGAAGAAUAAUGUGUUUAAGAGUGAGAUUAUUCAGCCUCUUUUGGACAUGGCAGCAGGGAUUCCUCCCCCAGUUGUCACACCUGUUUUGGCCAGUACUACUGCUGCUAUGAGCAACACCCCAGGAACUCCUGUGACGCCUGUUACUCCAGCCAAUGUGGUCCAAGGUCUGCCAGAUCCGUGGGUGUCUCAGAUAACAAACACAGAUACACUUGCAGCAGUAGCUCAGAUCUUACAAAGUCCUCAAGGCCAACAGCUUCAGCAGUUAAUACAAACUUUACAGCUACAGCAGCAGAAGCCUCAGCCUUCGAUUCUGCAGGCCCUGGAUGCUGGUCUUGUUGUGCAGUUGCAGGCUCUCACAGCACAGCUCACGGCUGCAGCUGCCGCAGCCAACACCCUGAACCCCUUGGAACAGGGAGUGGCUUUCAACAAGAAGUUGAUGGAUAGGUUUGAUUUUGGGGAAGAUUCUGAGCAUAGUGAAGAACCCAAAAAGGAGAUUUCAGCCUCUCAACUUUCUCAUGUUUCAGAAUCUGUGAACAAUUCCAUUUUUCAUCAGAUAGCUGAACAACUACAGCAGCAAAACCUUGAACAUCUCAGACAGCAGCUCCUAGAACAGCAACAGCCUCAAAAGGCAACCCCUCAGGAUAGUCAGGAGGGAACAUUUGGAUCAGAGCAUUCUGCCUCACCAUCACAAGGGAGCAGUCAGCAGCAUUUCCUUGAACCUGAGGCGAAUUUGGAUGAUUCUAUAGAUAUUCAGCAACAGGAUAUGGAUAUUGAUGAAGGGCAAGAUGGAGUGGAAGAGGAGAUCUUUGAACAAGAGGCAAAGAAAGUGGCUGUUCGCUCAAGAUCAAGAACACAUUCACGAUCUCGUUCAAGAUCACCCAGAAAACGAAGGUCUCGGUCACGGUCUGGUUCUCGAAAACGUAAACACAGAAAGCGAUCGCGCUCACGCUCUAGAGAAAGAAAGAGGAAGUCAUCACGUUCCUACUCAAGUGAAAGGAGAGCGAGAGAAAGGGAGAAAGAACGGCAGAAGAAGGGAUUGCCUCCAGUUCGCUCGAAAACAUUGAGUGUAUGUAGUACUACUUUGUGGGUUGGUCAGGUGGAUAAGAAGGCAACCCAGCAAGAUUUAACCAAUCUGUUUGAAGAGUUUGGACAAAUUGAAUCCAUUAAUAUGAUUCCUCCCAGGGGCUGUGCUUACGUCUGCAUGGUUCAUCGACAAGAUGCUUUUCGGGCUCUUCAGAAACUUAGUUCCGGAUCAUAUAAAAUUGGGUCUAAGGUCAUUAAGAUUGCUUGGGCUUUAAACAAAGGUGUAAAAACAGAAUAUAAACAAUUCUGGGAUGUGGAUCUUGGAGUUACAUAUAUACCAUGGGAGAAAGUUAAAGUGGAUGACUUGGAAGGUUUUGCAGAAGGAGGCAUGAUUGACCAGGAAACUGUAAAUACUGAGUGGGAAACUGUGAAAAGCUCAGAACCUGUUAAAGAGACGGUCCAGACAACUCAGAGCCCAACUCCAGUUGAAAAAGAGACAGUGGUCACAACCCAGGCAGAGGUUUUUCCUCCACCUGUUGCUAUGUUACAGAUUCCAGUAGCGCCAGCGGUGCCUGCAGUUAGUCUAGUCCCACCAGCAUUUCCUGUCUCAAUGCCGGUUCCUCCUCCUGGAUUCAGUCCAAUCCCUCCACCACCUUUUCUGCGAGCGAGUUUCAACCCUUCACAGCCACCUCCUGGUUUCAUGCCACCUCCAGUUCCACCACCUGUUGUACCACCGCCCACCAUUCCACCAGUAGUACCAACAUCUUUAGUGCAGCCGCCAUUAUCCAUGACUCCAGAAACUGUGAAAGAUGUUGGAUUUGGUGGUCUUGUUUUACCGGGUGGUUCUGUUGCCAGCAAUCUUGCUACUUCCACUCUGCCAGCCGGAAAUGUUUUUAAUCCUCCAACUAAACAAGGAGAGCCUGAAGAAAAAGUACCUCAUCUUAUAGACCACCAGAUUCCUUCUGGCGAAAAUACCAGAUCAGUGAUUCCAAAUGAUAUUCCAAGUAGCCCUGCAAUGUUAGGAGGACAGCCACCAAAUGUGACAAGCAAUUCUGGAAUUCUGGGAGUCCAAAGACCAAAUGUAUCGAGUAAUUCUGAAAUUAUUGGAAUCCGACCAUCUAAUGUUUCCAGUAGUUCUGGGAUGAUUGGAGCCCAGCCACCAAAUAUUCUAAAUAACUCUGGAAUUUUGGGACUACAGCCACCAACUGUGUCAAGUAGUUCUGGACUUUUGGGAGUGCUCCCCCCAAAUAUCCCUAAUAAUUCUGGACUUAUAGGAGUACAGCCACCAAAUGUUCCAAAUGCCGCUGGACUUUUGGGAACACAACCACCAGCUGGGCCUCAAAACUUACCCCCUUUAAAUCUCUCUAAUCAAAGGAUGCCUGCAAUGCCAAUGUUAGACAUUCGUCCAGGACUAAUGCCACAGACACCUGGACCCAGAUUCCCUUUAAUACAGCCUGGAAUUCCACCCCAACGGGGAAUCCCUCCCCCAUCGGUACUGGAUUCACCUCUUCAUCCACCACCCCGUGGUCCUUUUCCUCCAGGAGAUAUUUUUAGUCAGCCAGAAAGACCUUUUCUAGUUCCUGGAAGACAAAGUGUAGACAAUGUUACUAAUCCAGAAAAAAGGAUACCACUUGGGAAUGAUAACAUUCAACAGGAAGGAGAUAGAGAUUACCGGUUUCCUCCCAUUGAAGCCAGGGAAAGCAUUAGUAGACCUCCCCCAGUGGAUGUUAGGGAAGUUGUUGGACGGCCUAUAGAUCCAAGAGAAGGUCCUGGAAGGCCUCCAUUAGAUGGUAGGGAUCAUUUUGGAAGACCUCCAGUCGAUAUUAGAGAGAAUCUUGUAAGGCCAGGCAUAGAUCAUCUUGGUCGAAGAGACCACUUUGGCUUUAAUCCAGAGAAGCCCUGGGGGCAUAGAGAUUUUGAUGAGAGAGAACAUCGGGUUCUACCUGUCUAUGGUGGUCCAAAAGGCUUACAUGAAGAAAGAGGUAGAUUUCGGUCUGGAAGCUAUCGAUUUGAUCCUAGAAGUGGUCCUUGGAACAGAGGAUUUGGACAAGAAGUUCACAGAGAUUUUGAUGACCGCAGAAGACCCUGGGAGAGGCAAAGGGAUAGGGAUGACAGAGAUUUUGAUUUCUGCAGAGAAAUUAAUGGAAACCGUCUUGGACGAGAUAGAAUUCAGAACACCUGGGUCCCCCCUCCUCAUCCUCGGGUUUUUGAUUUUUUUGAAGGGGCCACUUCUCAACGAAAAGGUGAUAACGUGCCUCAGGUUAAUGGUGAAAAUACUGAGAGACAUGCCCAGCCACCACCUUUACCAGUACAGAAUGACCCUGAACUUUAUGAAAAACUGACAUCUUCAAGUGAAAUAAACAAGGAGAAGAGUGACACAGUUGCUGAUAUAGAAAGUGAACCAGUGGUAGAAAGCACAGAAACUGAGGGGACAUAAUCAUCACUCAGUAGCCUAAAGGUACUCACUUACUACCAGUGCUCUAAAUGUCAUCAGUAUUAUGAUUCACCUUGUGAAUUUGCUUCAGCUGCUUUCUUGGACCAGGUGAGUCCAAAGCUGCCAAAAGUCAGUUAAGGCUGAGUAGGACUUGGGAGAGGAGCCAGAGGUGUGAGUGGUGAGAGUGCAGGAGGGAGGGCAGGCGGUGGCCCUGCGGGCCUUUGACCAGAUGCUUUCUGUUCCGGUUCAGAGACCUUUGUUCUCUUUUCUCUUUUUCCUUUAUGGGCGUACUCUUGACAGUUCUAAUUUAUGAACCACUAUUCUAAUCUUCUUAUCAAAUUGAUAAAUUCAAAGUGUAGUACUUUAUUUCAUUGAGCCAAAGUGCCUAGGAUUGAUUCAUGGGAAUAAAGAUAGCACGUUUGGCUCAUCAUGUGCUAAGAGCACAUCUUUGAAAUGCCAAGCAUUAGACCUCUUGGGGUGAUGAUCAAACAAACAAACAAAAAGGCAGACAUUUAUCUGGUUUUGGAAUUUAUCCCAGGAAAGAAAACCCCUCAGGUACUUCUGCUCAGACAGCCGGAUGUGCACCCUUGAGCUCUCUAGUAAAUGAGAAUUAGUAGCAUUCCCAAUGCCUCUGUGCCACCGUAAUUAUUCCUACAACCUUCUGCUUGCUAAGCAUAAUAUAGUCUGGAAUUUACUUCUCUAACAGAAUUGCUAAAGCCUAAGCACCGUUACUUCCAGUUUUCUCAUAUCUUUUUGGUCUUACAGCUUUCAUCUGUAAUUAAAAAUCUUUGAAGCCAUAGGAGAGGGACUCACAUAUUUUAGGAUGCCUUUUUAACUUUAACUUGCACAAUAGAAAGAACCUGGAGCCUAAGAAGAGUUAACAUCGUUAUUACCCAUAAUAAUGGACUUUGUUAUCUUCUUGUACCACAUUACUCUAGUUUUUUGUCUGUUUUCUAUCUAGAGCAAGGUAAAAAAUGCAGAGAGUAUACCAACAUUUCCCUCCCCCUGAGAGACACAUAUACUUUUACCACAACUAUGACAGAUACAUAAUUAAACUAUCCCAGACUCUGGCUAAGUCCCAGAUUUUCCACAUUUCUCCAUACAGCCAGUUAACAUUAGACCUGAAACCUCUUCAUCCUGGUCCUGAAGGAUUUGACCAUUUAAACUGGUAUGCCUUUCUUAAGCAGUGGUUCUAAUGUCUUCCUCUCACUUGGCAGUGUACAGUUUUUCACUUCUUAAGGUGACAUUCUGUGUUAUUUUACAUGAACACUGGGGAUAUUUCCCUGUCUCUGCCUUCACUGGCCUGGAGUGAAGUCUCAUUUUGCAUAAGUUAGUAAAUUAAAUGUUUUGUUGUGAAUUCUUAAAGUAUUGGGCGCCUGGGUGGCUCAGAGGGUUAAGCUGCUGCCUUCGGCUCCGGUCAUGUUCUCAGGGUCCUGGGAUCAAGUCCCACAUCGGGCUCUCUGCUCGGCAGGGAGCCUGCUUCCUCCUCUCUCUCUGCUUGCCUCUCUGCCUGCUUGUGAUCUCUCUCUGUCAAAUAAAUAAAUUUAAAAAAAAAAUCUUUAAAAUAUUUUUAAAACAAAAGCAGGAGUAAGAUAAAAUUAUUUAUUUGCUUUUAAUUUUAUAGAUGUCAUAAUGCCCUAAUUAUAUUUUGGCCUUAUUUGAACUCUUUAGAGGAAAGAGAGUCCUCAGUGGAAAUGUUAAAAGGAAUAAUUCUGUCUUUUGCCAUUUGAUUUAGGUUGACUUGAACCUUGUCAAUAAAACUGUUUUCAGUUGUUACUAGAAACAGGCUAAGACUUGACCUUUGAACACAGUUAAUUUUUGUUUCAGAUAUUAAGUUUUAUAUUUAAAAAAUGUUAAGGGGACAGUUAUUUAAUUAUAUUAGAGGAAGAGGUUUUAUAAGGAAACCGAAUUGAAAAGAACUCAGAAUGGAAUUGGGAUUAGUAUAUUGACUUACUUCCCAGAGGAAGUAAAGCUAGUGAGAGUCCAGUACAAAGAUUGUUUAAGAAAGGAGCAGGAAUUAUUUAGUACUUCGCUAACCCACGUUUCUUUCUGAAAUGAAAAGGUGAAAUUUUACAUCAAGCUUUCAUGUUUAUGUAAUCCAAAUAUGUUAGAAUAAAAUAUUUUAAGAUUAUGGGUGAUCAUGGAAAUCAGUGCAUGUGGUCUUGUUGACUUUUUAAUGCUGAGCACCCUCAGAAAUGAGCCAUUUUGUUUAUAUCAAGAAAAAUAAAAGUAGUUUCAGAAA